AUGCCAGAUAGUCCGCUUGAAACCCCUUCUGGGGGAGCGUUGACUAAGCCUUCCAGACGCCGGGCAUGUAAUGAGUGCAAACAACAGAAACUACGGUGCAACCUCACAGCACUCGAGAAUGACGACUCGAACGUAUGCAGUCGGUGCCAGCGCCUGGGACUCGACUGCAAAAUAGAGUCUAAUUUUCGACGAACGCGGAAGAGAAGGCGCUCGUAUGAUCUCGAGAAUGAGGUCAAUGAGCUGCGCCGCAAGCUCGCGACUUACGAGACAAAUUCCUCUUUGACAAGAAUAAGUGUCAAUUCGAAUACCGCCAGUCCACCACAGUCUGAACACUCUCCUCAUGGAAAUCUUGUGUUUCGGGAGCUGGGCGCCACCAAAUCCUCGAUGUCUUUCGCUUCAAGGGUCGGAAGCCGGGCGCCUGGUUUGACCACGCAACCUGUCAUCGACCUUGAACAGGCCCCGGCUGCUCUAUUAGUAGUGCCCCCACAGGCGAGAAGGCUGGAUGAUCUUGAGCUGUCUACUGUAGAGAUUGACGAGUUAUUUGCAACGUUCUUCAACCAUUACCAUCCUUUUCUACCAUUCCUUAAUACUGGCAAAUCUCCCCACGCGUACUACGAAUCAUCAGAAUUACUCUUUUGGUCCAUCAUUUCAGCAGCCUCUCAUCGAUCCCCGAACCCAACGCUGUUACCGCGGUUGGCAAGAAACGUGACGGAGCUUGUAUGGAGCACAGUCCGAUCAAUCCCCUACACCCUUCAAUCUGUGCAAAGCCUCAUCAUUCUCUGCACGUGGCCUUUCCCAACGAGCAGCAGUACAGCCGACCCGACCUACACUCUUGCCGGAAUAAUGCUCCAACUUGCCUUUCAGAUGGGUCUUCACUGCGCGCCUAAUGCUCAGGAUUUCACCAAGGUCCCCCUUACUCUGAACACUGACGAGCAUAGCGAGUGGACUGCAACAUGGCAGGCCUGCAAUAUUGUUGCGUACAGCGUCAGUGUAGGCUGCGGGCUCCCUGCAACUGUACAACUGCAGGACUGGCCGUUACCAAGUAUCGCUGGGUUAGAGAAAAGUACUAGUGCCCCUGAGGAUCCAGCUCUGCGCUUGCAUCUUCGCAUCGAGCAAUACCGGCAUCGCGUGUCUGUGGCACUUUCCUCAAACGGUUUCGAGUUGCAACGACCCCCAGCAAAUCAGGGACGGGUUUCCCUUUACCGUCUGCUCACCACUGUCUACAGUGACCUUGAACGCGAAGUCCUCGCUAUGUCUCCAUUAUCGACCACGCGUAUAUACCUUUCGGCAGCCCUCCUGCAUCUGCACUCCUUUUACCUCCACGAUGACCCAGCCCUUAGCGUCUACACUGAGCGAGUCGCGACACUCUACCACACUGCAUACAACUUUCUGUCACAAUGUCUCGAAGCCGAUAAUCAAGGCGGCCUCUUCCAUUACUGGCCUUUCUUCUGCUACCAAGUGUUUGUAGCUGCGGCACUGACCGUACUAAAGAUACUCAUGAGCGACCGCUUCAACUCGAUCAUUGACGUACCCGCUGGAAAGUCCCUAAUCAACUCAGCCAUCCUCGCGCUACGCAAAAUGUCUAUUGCAAACAAUGACCUGCCCGCCCGCCUGAGCGACGUCGUGGGGUUUCUCUAUUCACUUCCAAGUCAUGGACCGAGUGGGCAGCCGACACACAAUUUGUCCCUCCGAGUAAGAAACCGAUCGAGCAUGAGUAUCGUUUAUGACUCCCUUUGGCAGUGGCGCAGAUACUUCCAGAUGAGCCAGGAGGAUAUGAGUGCGCAUAUAUCAGAUAAGUUUGCUUCUCUCGACCAUGAACUCCCUGGCUCAUAUUCCGUUGUUGCACAGGAAGCUCCACCCUUCGAAGACCAGCCCAUCAUAGAUUUCGACCAAUUCGCUCUCGCUGAUCCAUUUACAUUUGACUGGCCCGAUGAGUGUCUGAACUUGCCAUUGUACAACUAA